UGGGCGCGGGAUUCAGAAGGCGCCAAAAGGGAGGCGCGGGAGUUCCGUUUCGAGAGGCGCUGAUUGGUUUAGUUGAGUCCUCAGCGGGGUCUUCGGUCGCGCGUGGCUGCGAGGGAGCAGGCGGCAGUGGAAGGUUUCUCCCGUGUUGUAUCAUCACAGAAAGACUGCAACUGGCGCUGAGUUACCAGGAUGGGAAUCCAUGGUUUGGCCAAGCUGAUUGCUGAUAUAGCUCCUGGUGCCAUUCGAGAGAAUGACAUUAAGAGUUACUUUGGCCGGAAGGUGGCCAUUGAUGCGUCUAUGAGUAUUUAUCAGUUCCUGAUUGCUGUAAGGCAGGGAGCUGACAUGCUGCAGAAUGAAGAAGGCGAAAUCACAAGCCACCUGAUGGGGAUGUUCUACCGCACCAUCCGCAUGGUGGAAAAUGGCAUCAAGCCUGUCUAUGUCUUUGAUGGCAAGCCCCCACAGUUGAAAUCGGGGGAACUAGCCAAACGUACCGAGCGCCGAGCUGAAGCGGAGAAGCAGUUGCAAGAGGCCAAAGAGGCAGGUGAGGAGGAAAAUGUAGAAAAGUUCAGCAAGAGGUUAGUGAAGGUGACCAAGCAGCACAACGAUGAGUGCAAGAAGCUGCUGACCUUGAUGGGCAUCCCUUAUGUUGAUGCACCUGGCGAGGCUGAAGCUAGCUGUGCUGCACUGGUGAAAGCGAGCAAGGUCUAUGCAGCUGCUACUGAGGAUAUGGAUUGCUUGACCUUUGGUAGCCCUGUGCUGAUGCGGCAUCUUACAGCCAGUGAGGCGAAGAAGCUGCCGAUUCAGGAAUUCCACCUGAGCCGCAUCCUUCAGGAUUUGAGCCUGACGCAGAAGGAGUUUGUGGACCUUUGCAUACUGCUGGGCUGCGACUACUGCGAGAGCAUCCGGGGCAUUGGGCCGAAGCGGGCCGUGGAGCUGAUCAAGCAGCACAAGAGCAUAGAAAAGAUUCUCCAGCAAAUAGAUGACAAGAAGUAUUCUGUGCCUGAGAACUGGCUGCACAAGGAGGCCCAGCUGCUCUUCCUGGAACCUGAAGUUGUCGACCCCGAAGCUGUGGAUCUGAAGUGGAACGAACCAGAUGAGGAAGAGCUGGUCAACUUCUUGUGCGGAGAGAAGCAGUUCAACGAAGAAAGAAUACGCAACGGGGUCAAGAGACUGCACAAGAGUCGCCAGGGCAGUACUCAGGGCCGAUUAGAUGACUUCUUCAAGGUUACUGGCUCCAUCACUUCAGCCAAACGCAAAGAGCCAGAACCCAAGGGAUCCGCCAGGAAGAAAGCAAGGGGCGGUGGUGCACUAACAUCAAAGUUUAAAAGAGGGAAGUAAAAUUAUUUUCUAGAACUCUGUACCAGUUCCCUUCCACUGCAGAUGCUUGGAGCGAAAUAUAUUAAACUACAAAUAUAGAGCUUUGUGGCAAUGUACUGUGUAGUGCUCAAAAUGUGAGAGUUACCGUCAGGCCUUGAGCUCAGCUUAAACUGAUGCAUUGUGGGAGAGACACUGCUCUGACAGAACAUCUGACACUGCUAAUUGCUGGCCAGAGAUCCAGCCAGUCUGAAGGCUUGUCCUUGCUAUCAAAGGACCUGGAGGGUGCUGCUCUUGCUGCCUUGUGUCCGGUGAACUCCAAACAUAGUAUCUUUGCUGGAAGUACCAUGUUGAGAUGAUUUUAGUUUUUGAGUUGUAUCUUCCAAUAAAUAUUGAUAACUAUUGAUAACUAAAUAUUGAUUACUACUUCUGUGUAAGCUUUUUGACAAAAUAAAAUUGGUGAGACUGAAAUACAGAGUUGCUAAAACUGUCUGCAGCACAACUCAAGAGUUUGCUAAGGGAGCUGUUUUACAACCUGGUCUCUAGUUUAAUGCUUGUCAUAUAGGAUCUGGCUGCUACUCGCAUCUGUCUGGUUUUGAUCCUCUUCAGUUGCAUUCAACAUUGCACUAAGGAAAUUACUCCAUUGGGCAAGCAGAAAUGCUUGCGCUGACGGAACAAACUCCCCUCUUCCCCGUG